UUCUUUCCUCCGCCGCUUUGCUUUUCCUUUCUCCGCUUCAUACCACUCCCGUCCCGGGUUCUCUUUCCGAGCGGCGAGUCGGCGACGACAGGGCGCGAGCGGCCACCCUUGGGCCAGGUCUUCGUCGGGCGCUUCGCCGCCGACGAGCAUCAGACAGCAUCCUUUUAGAUCUCCUUUGAAGGAAGAAUUACUGAAUUAGGCAAGGGCUGUCUAUAAAAUUGAAGAUGUCAGUUUCUAUGAAGGACCUGGACCCAGCCUUCCGUGGCUCUGGACAAAAAGACGGCUUGGAAAUAUGGCGUAUCGAGGAUUUCAAGCCCGUUCCUAUCCCUGUAUCUUCAUAUGGGAAGUUUUUCAUGGGCGAUUCUUACAUUAUCUUGAAGACAACAGCCUUGAAAAAUGGUUCUCUUCGCCAUGAUAUCCAUUACUGGAUUGGUAAAGAUACUAGUCAGGACGAAGCUGGAACUGCUGCAAUUUUAACAGUAGAGCUUGAUGCUGCCCUUGGCGGACGUGCUGUUCAGUACCGAGAAGUACAAGGCAAUGAAACAGAGAAAUUCCUAUCCUAUUUUAGGCCAUGCAUCAUGCCACAGCCAGGAGGAGUAGCGUCUGGAUUCAAGCAUGUUGAGGUCAACAACCAGGAUCAUGAUACUCGCUUAUAUGUCUGCCAUGGGAAGCAUGUCGUUCACGUUAAAGAGGUUCCUUUUGCUCGGUCGUCCCUUAAUCAUGAUGACAUAUUUAUUCUGGAUACGAAGUCCAAAAUUUUCCAGUUCAAUGGGUCAAACUCAUCCAUCCAAGAGCGAGCAAAAGCUCUUGAAGUUGUACAGUACAUCAAAGAUACAUUUCACGAGGGGAAGUGUGAAAUUGCAUCUGUUGAGGAUGGUAGAAUGAUGGCUGAUGCGGAAGCUGGUGAGUUCUGGGGUUUUUUUGGUGGCUUUGCCCCUCUUCCAAGGAGGGCACCUGCAGAAGGCAAUGAGAAACAUGAGGAAACUGCCUCCAAAUUGCUAUGUUUUGACCAAGGAAAACUGGAGCCAGUGAACUACGAAUCCUUGGCACACGAAUUACUUGAGACAAACAAGUGCUACUUCUUAGACUGUGGCGCUGAAUUGUAUGUUUGGAUGGGCAGAACUACAUCCCUGCAGGAGAGAAAGGGUGCUAGUGAAGCUGCUGAGAAAUUGCUCUCUGAUUCAAACCGAACAAAAACACACAUCAUCAAAGUGAUUGAAGGAUUUGAGACUGUUAUGUUCAAAUCAAAAUUUAAAGAGUGGCCGCAGACACCUGACUUGAAGUUGUCAUCUGAGGAUGGUAGAGGCAAAGUUGCAGCUCUACUCAAACGCCAGGGCUUAAAUGUUAAGGGUUUGAUGAAAGCUGCUCCCGCAAAAGAAGAACCUCAGUCCUACAUUGAUUGCACUGGCAACCUGCAGGUGUGGCGUGUAAAUGAUAAAGACAAGGCACUUCUUUCAUCCUCUGAUCAAUCCAAAUUUUACACUGGCGAUUGCUACAUAUUUCAGUAUACGUAUCCUGGAGAUGAUAAGGAGGAAUGUCUUAUUGGAACUUGGUUUGGGAAAAAGAGUGUUGAGGAGGAUAGGAUUACGGCAGUUUCACUUGCAAGCAAGAUGGUUGAAUCUGCUAAGUUUCAGGCUGUCCAGGCGCGCCUGUAUGAGGGGAAAGAACCGAUCCAAUUCUUUGUGAUAUUUCAAAGCUUGCUAGUGUUUAAGGGUGGUCUUAGCUCUGGGUACAAGAAAUUUAUUGCUGAAAAUGGUAUUGAUGAUGAUAGUUAUUCUGAAGAGGGGCUUGCACUCUUCCAAAUUCAAGGUUCAGGACCAGAAAACAUGCAAGCAAUUCAGGUUGAUCCUGUGGCCUCAUCAUUGAAUUCAUCCUAUUGUUACAUUCUCCAUGAUGGAAACACUGUGUUCACUUGGGCUGGUAAUCUGACCACUGCAUUGGAUCAAGAGUUAAUGGAGAGGCAACUUGAUGUAAUUAAGCCAAAUACACAGUCUAGGUCACAAAAGGAAGGGUCAGAAACAGAUCAAUUUUGGAGCUUACUGGGAGGAAAAUCCGAGUAUUCAAGCCAAAAAAUGGUGCGAGAACUUGAAAGUGAUCCCCAUCUUUUCUCAUGCAUCCUGUCUAAAGGCAAUUUGAAGGUCAAGGAAAUACACCACUUUACUCAAGACGAUCUAAUGACAGAAGAUGUUUUCGUUCUGGACUGUCACACGAGCAUAUUUGUUUGGGUUGGUCAACAGGUGGAUGUCAAAGUGAGGUUACAAGCUUUGGAUAUUGGGGAGAAAUUUGUUGUGCUUGAUUUCCUUAUGGAAAACCUUGCCUGUGAAACACCGAUUUUCACUGUUACUGAAGGGAGUGAGCCUCCCUUUUUCACUAGGUUCUUCACCUGGGAUUCAGCAAAAUCACAGAUGCAUGGGAAUUCAUACCAGAGGAAGCUUGCCAUAGUAAAAGGUGGAGGUGCUCCAGCAUUGGAUAAACCAAGACGACGAACACCAGUGUAUUCAGGAAGGAGUACAACACAAGAUAAAUCUCAGCGCUCCAGAAGCAUGUCCUUUAGCCCUGAGCGUGUCCGUGUUAGGGGAAGAUCUCCAGCAUUCACUGCAUUGGCUGCUAACUUUGAAAGUUCAAGCAACAGAAAUCUUUCCACUCCUCCACCAGUAGUUAAGAAACUUUACCCAAAAUCUCUUACACCUGAUUCGUCGAAUACUUCUUCCAAGUCAUCUGCAAUUGCGGCUCUGGCUGGUUCUUCGGAUCGCCCUACUCAAACCCCCACACCAGAAUCAAUAAAAGAUGGCUCUGAGCCAGAGAAGCCAAAACAAGAGGAAGAUGCUACAGAUGGCGCUAGUACCAUGAACAAUAGAGUUGAAUCUCUUACCAUAAAUGAAGAUGUAAAAGAAAACGAGCCGGAAGAUGACGAGGGCCUUCCAAUAUACCCGUAUGAACGUCUGAAGACCACAGCUGCUGAUCCUGUUACUGAAAUUGAUGUCACGAGGAGAGAGACCUACUUAUCUUUGGCUGAAUUCAAAGAGAAGUUUGGGAUGACAAAAGAGGCAUUCAGCAAGCUUCCAAAGUGGAAACAGAACAGGCUAAAGAUUGCUCUUCAACUUUUUUAGCCUGGUCAGCAAAGCUUCAAAUAUCUCAUUUAAUCCUCGGGUCAAAUAGCCAUUUGGUGAAAGUAAUUCGGUUCUAUGCCUCAAUAGUCCAUGGCAACUGAGUUUUGCAGAAUGCAAUCACCAUCCGCAAUGACACAUCAAUUCUCACAUUGUCCUGGAUCGCCCCCCUUUUUCCUAGCUUGAGUUUGUUUUGCUAUGUUUCUUGUAUUCCUUCAAUUCAUAGGCGUGAUUUUACUUCUUCUUUUUUUUUUUGGUCAAGUGCCCUCCAUUGAUUCAAGGGUCACACAGGUUUGAUUCUGAGGCUUGCAUUUUUUAUUUUUUUGCUCAACUGUCCUCCUGUGUUCUUUUUCGGUUUUGAGAUGAGUUGCAGUUUGAGGGAGCAAGAAGUGUGUACAGCAGAGAGUGCCAGCACUGUAGAGUGACACCACCGUUACCUUGAUCAAUAGAGUUGAUUUCCGUGUGUAAAUUAUAUUAUAUUUUAUAGAGCUUGUUGAAUAUCUGAGACACA